AUGAAAAUGGUAAAUACUCGUUCAAAAUCUGCUAAUUUAACAACAAGUACACCGGAUUCUCCCCGAGUAGCACGGCAACCAUUAAAAAGGAGAACGGAUCCAAGAUCAAAUUCAGUUAAACCAACAACAAAGCCAACAACCAGCCAACGGUUACCUCAGACUUCAUCUCUAACUGUGACAAUGGCACGUGUAGACGUUUCAGUCGAUCAAAACGACGAUAUACAAUCGGAUAUAAGUAUCGAUAUAAAAAAUAACCCAAAUUCAAAGAUAUCAAAAAAAAAACUUUCUCCAGUUUUUGAAUAUACAACACGCAUUGAUAGUCGAACGAUAAAAUGCAAUUUGUGUAUAUCAAACAAAAUGAUCCGAGAAGGUCUUGGUUCAACAACCAAUACACGUCGCCAUUUGAGCCAUAUACAUGGAAAACAUGCAUUGUUAUACGAAUCAUACAAAUCACGAGUACUAAUGAGUCAUCCAAGGACAAAAGAAUAUCAUGAUGCAGCAGUAGUUGCAAUUAUCGUUGACGGACGAGCAUAUUGUGAUUUUAAAAAAAAAGGCAUGCAAUCAUUUUUACAAACUAUUGCUCCCGGUAUGUUAACACUGUCAAAGUGCAUUUGA